UUUUUCACACGGACUUACUACGCACCCCUCGUGGCUGCCCGUCUGUGCUCCCUCAUCCCAUCGCCCUAAAGCAGUAGAAGCCUGGGGAUAUGAGGAAUGCGCACCACCCACAGGACCACGACGCACGGCCUCUAAAACCACAGCGUCUGAGUAGUAGGCAGCGGCCUUACAAACACUCCACCCGGUCCCCUCGUGGUUCUUGGCAUAAAGAGAAGUUACAUUUGGCAGGCAGGCGGGCUCGCACGCCGGAGCGCUCAGCCCAGAAUUCGUGAAUCUAUUUGGAAUCUCCCUGCUUCCUCGAAGCUCAUCCCUGUUGCCGGUUUGUGCACGGACAGUAGCGCCCACCCAGCGAAGCCGCACUUUGGGCUGCGGACACUCAGGGCCCGGCGCGCCCGCCCGGCGUCUCCGCACCAAGCCCCGAAGCUCCAAGAGGCAUGAACGCGAUCCGGAGGCGCCUGCCCAGCGCGCGGGGAACGCUCGGUGUUCACCGCCCUCGGAAGCCGACCUCGAGCCCCUCCAGCCAUUUGUGAACUAAGAGACUUGAAAUUCGCCGGCGCGGAGCCCCGCAAGAGAAAUUUCAAUGAGAAGGAAAGCCAAUGGAUCGUGGUCUUAGAAAAGCUGCUUAGAUGAUGUCUGUUUCCCGUGCUGUAAACACGUGGCAGAGCUGUGAGUAAAUGCUCGUCACUGCAUGAUGAAUUGGAUGGCUGCAGACCAGAGGCAAACAAAAUAAUUGUCUCAUUUUCGUGGUGAUUUGCUUAACUGGGGGGACCAUGCCAGAACGGCUAGCGGAAAUGCUGUUGGAUCUCUGGACUCCAUUAAUAAUAUUAUGGAUUACUCUUCCCCCUUGCAUUUACACGGCUCCGAUGAAUCAGUCUCCAGUUUUAAUGAGUGGAUUCCCUUUGGAACUAAACAGGCUGAGUGAAGAACAGCGGAUUUUGAACCGUUCCAAGAGAGGCUGGGUUUGGAAUCAGAUGUUCGUCCUGGAAGAGUUUUCUGGACCUGAACCGAUCCUUGUUGGCCGGUUACAUACAGACCUGGAUCCUGGGAGCAAAAAAAUCAAAUAUAUCCUGUCAGGCGAUGGAGCUGGGACUAUCUUUCAAAUAAAUGACAUAACAGGAGAUAUCCAUGCUAUAAAAAGACUUGACCGAGAGGAAAAAGCUGAGUACACCCUAACAGCUCAGGCAGUGGACUGGGAGACAAAUAAGCCUCUUGAGCCUCCUUCUGAAUUUAUUAUCAAAGUUCAAGACAUCAACGACAAUGCACCAGAGUUUCUCAAUGGACCCUAUCAUGCUACCGUGCCAGAGAUGUCCAUUUUGGGUACGUCUGUCACUAAUGUAACAGCUACCGAUGCUGAUGACCCAGUUUAUGGAAACAGUGCGAAGUUGGUUUAUAGUAUCUUGGAAGGGCAACCUUAUUUUUCCAUUGAGCCUGAAACAGCAAUUAUAAAAACUGCCCUUCCCAAUAUGGACAGAGAAGCCAAGGAGGAGUACCUGGUUGUUAUCCAAGCCAAAGAUAUGGGUGGACACUCGGGUGGCCUAUCUGGAACCACAACACUUACAGUGACCCUCACUGACGUGAAUGACAAUCCUCCAAAAUUUGCCCAGAGUCUGUAUCACUUCUCAGUACCAGAAGAUGUGGUUCUUGGCACUGCCAUAGGGAGGGUGAAGGCCAAUGAUCAGGAUAUUGGUGAAAAUGCACAGUCGUCAUAUGACAUCAUUGAUGGAGAUGGAACAGCACUGUUUGAAAUCACUUCUGAUGCCCAGGCCCAGGAUGGCAUUAUAAGGCUGAGAAAGCCUCUGGAUUUUGAGACCAAAAGAUCCUAUACGCUGAAGGUAGAGGCAGCCAAUGUCCACACUGACCCGCGUUUCAGCAGCAGGGGGCCCUUUAAAGACACGGCGACAGUUAAAAUUGUUGUCGAAGAUGCAGAUGAGCCUCCAGUCUUCUCUUCACCAACUUACCUCCUCGAAGUUCAUGAAAAUGCUGCUCUCAACUCCGUGAUUGGGCAAGUGACCGCUCGUGACCCCGACAUCACCUCCAGUCCUAUAAGGUUUUCCAUCGACCGGCACACCGACCUGGAGAGACAAUUCAACGUUAAUGCAGAUGAUGGGAAGAUAACGCUUGCAACACCGCUUGACAGGGAAUUAACCGUGUGGCACAACAUAACAAUCAUUGCUACCGAAAUCAGGAACCACAGUCAGAUAUCCCGAGUACCUGUUGCUAUUAAAGUGCUGGAUGUCAAUGACAACGCCCCUGAAUUCGCAUCCGAAUAUGAGGCAUUUUUAUGUGAAAAUGGAAAACCCGGCCAAGUCAUUCAAACAGUGAGUGCCACGGACAAAGAUGAGCCCAAAAACGGACAUUAUUUCUUAUACAGCCUUCUUCCAGAAAUGGUCAACAAUCCGAAUUUUACCAUCAAGAAAAAUGAAGUCAUCGUGGUGCUGUUUGUGACUCUGCGGCGACAUAAAAACGAGCCUUUAAUUAUCAAAGAUGAUGAAGAUGUGCGAGAAAACAUCAUUCGCUACGAUGACGAAGGAGGAGGGGAAGAAGACACGGAGGCUUUUGACAUUGCAACUUUACAAAACCCAGAUGGAAUUAAUGGAUUUUUACCCCGUAAAGAUAUUAAACCAGAUUUGCAAUUUAUGCCAAGGCAAGGGCUUGCUCCAGUUCCGAGCGGUGUGGAUGUGGAUGAAUUUAUAAAUGUGCGGCUACACGAGGCAGAUAACGACCCCACAGCCCCACCGUAUGACUCCAUUCAGAUUUAUGGCUAUGAAGGCCGAGGGUCUGUGGCCGGCUCCCUCAGCUCCCUGGAGUCCACCACCUCAGACUCAGAUCAGAAUUUUGACUACCUCAGUGACUGGGGUCCCCGCUUUAAGAGACUGGGUGAACUCUACUCUGUCGGUGAAAGUGACAAAGAAACUUGACAGUGGAUUAUGAAUAAAUCAGUGGGAACUGAGCAUUCUGUAAUAUUCUAGGGUCACUCCCCUUAGAUACAACCAAUGUGGCAAUUUGUUUUAGAGGCAAGUUUAGCACCAAUCAUCUAUAAACUCAGCUACAUUUUAAUGUUGAACCAAAAAAGUAAUAAUAAAAAUAAAAAAGUAUGUGUUAGGAGGUUAUAAAUCUUGUGGAGUGUGAAUUAAAGUAUGUGGAGUGUCUAGAAGUCUUUGGAUAUUUGAUAUUUACCUGACCACCACAAAGAUUGGGAUCCUGGCUCGUCCUUAGAGAAAUGGUUUAAAAAGAGGAAAAAAUCAAACUUAAAAAGGUGCUUUCUUAGAAAAAUGGACCUGCAAGAAAUUUGCUACUGAUAUGUGUCUUCUGCAAGGAUUUUUAUAAACGCAAAUGGUUUUUUCCCCUUCACCAAUAAGGAUCCCGCCACAAAUGAUAAAGCAAUACUUGGUCUGCUGUACACUCUGACUUUUUGGAGCUUUGGGAGGCCUCCUAGAUUAUAUGGUACGGUGACCACACCUUGUACAUAACUGUUGGCCCCAUUCAUCAGAGACUGAAUAGCAUCUUUAAAUAUUGUGUCGAGCCUUAAAAUAUUCACAUGUUUGUAAUCCAUUCCAGGGUGGGGACUGCCAACUCAAUAGUGGGAGGAGAGAAAUCCCAUUCAAACAGGCUUGUUCUCUGGAAGCAGGAUUACUCAUUCCCCCCAGUUCAUCUUCUCCCACAAGGACACAAAGAUAAACUGUGUCACACAGUGGACUACAUAAGAGACAGAUGAUUUUAUUGCUAGCGCGUGAAUUUAUUUGUUUAAUCCUCGAAAUAAAUAUUUUAUUGAUGUCCAUUAAUGCUUUUAUUUAUUAAGGUUGGUAAUCUAUAGAUUAAGGGACUAUAUGAAAAAAAACCUAAAUUAUAUCCAUUAAUAAUACUUUAGAUUGUUUUAUAUAAAUAUAUAUACAAUGAAUGUUUAAUACAUGUACAUUUUGAUGAGAUGAGUAUGGCAGGCAAUAUUAUCAAAAGGGAAGCUAAUAGUCUCCUUAGAGUAGAAAGUGUUAUUGUGACUGGUGAUGGCAGGAACAGCAUUUUCCCAGAGAAACUUUUGGACUGUUUUCUAUUUUGUUCAUAAUCCUAGUAUUUGGUGUUUUUACUACAAGCACAAACAUCUGAAAGUAUACUGAUUCAUGUGAAUAUUUAAACUCUAGACUUUUAGAUGCCUACAUAAUGCCCUGCCCAAUAAACAUGCUUCAAGUUGCCUCCACAGUUUUAGAGCAGGAACUGAUUUGUACAUAAUUUUACUGCUUCUGUUUUUAGCACUUCUCUCCCUGAUCUUCAUGGUGAUGCACAGAAUGUCUUAGACUCCAAAAGAGAACAGCACUAGAAGAUGUGAGCAUAUUCAAUUUUUAAUGCAAACCUGCCAUUUAGGAGUAGAAAAUGUAUGAUAAAACUCAAGUACUACAUGCAGAUCAUUUUAAUUUUCUACUUUGCUUUAAUGCAAUAUUGUUUAUUUACUCCAUGUAUUGUAUUCAGAGAAACUCCUGUAUUGUUUCCUACUUUGUGAAAUAUAUU